AUGAAACAAGGCUCCACCGACAACAUCUCGGUGAUCGUCGUGUUCCUGCGGCAGCCCGCGAAGAUAGCGGCGGAGGCGGCUAGCUGGACCGACGGCGGCCGCGCGAUGGAGGCGGGCCUCGAGAGCGACGGGCCCUUGGAGGCGGCCAGGAACCGGGCCGCCGCCGAGGAUGGCAACGUUUUCGGCAUCGAGAACGAGGCGAACGACGAGCCCUUCGGGAUGCUGAAGAAUAGCGAGAGGGACGGUGAUAUUUUGUCGCAGAAGAACGACAGGGGGCUGUUGCUGAAUCUGACGGAUAAUUUCAAGCAGAAUGGUCGCUUCGGUGACGUCAACGACAAACCCCCGUCUCCAUCCCGUGCCGGUCGCUUUGACGGUGACGUCAUCGACGAACUCCAAGCCGAUCGCUUUGACGGUGACGUCAUCGACGAACCCCUGGCCGGCCGCUUUGGCGGUGACGUCACGGACAAACCCCUUGCCGGUCGCUUUGUGGGUGACGUCAUCGACGAAGGGGUGUACAACCCGUUCGUAGAGCACCAGGAGAAAGCCGCUUUGGAGAUGGAGCGGCAUUUGAGGAAGUACGAGGGAAAUGAUGGGGUUGGAAAGGAGGAGGAGGACUUGGAGGUGAGGAGGAUAGCAAGGGAGGAGACUCCCACACCGCCGGCUGAUGCAGAAAUGACUGAAGAAAUAAAAGAAUCUAAAGAUUCGGAACGAGAACAGGGCCUCGAAGAUUUUAUUAUACCUAAAAUUGUUAGUUCCAUAAGAAAUGAAUGCCAUAACAUAUGCCACGACCUCAACAAUCUCAAACUAAACAUCGAAGAAAGACUGACCAUCCUAGAUAAAAACGACGAGAAGAUGACCAUGUUGAAUUAUAGAAUGUACCAAAUUCGAUACGAUUAUUCAACGAAAAUCCGCAAUUUCCUCAAACGAAAAAAACAACUAGAAACCACCGAAGGACAAGAAUCUGAGAUAUCUUUGAGCUUGAUCGGAAAAGAAAUCGAAGAAUGCGAGCAACAGCAUCAGGUACAACACAGUACCACCAAGAGGCAAAUGGUGGAAGCCCAAGAAGAAUACGAAGAAACUCUCAACAUACUGGACAACACCUUGGAUGCAAUGAAGAAAAAACUUGAAAAUUUGCUGCUCUUAAUGGAAGCUCGCAAUGCGGAAACUGGCACACCAGACAUUAUGGAAGAUACUGCACUCAUAUCCCAGAUGAAGGAAUACGAGCACUUCAUAGACUACUACACAGAAAUACAGACUGUCGGAUGGAGCAGAAGAAAGAACAUAAAAGAGCCGACUGAUGUGAACGGUUUGAUGUUCACCGACGAAGGCCUAUUGGCUACAAAGUCCGGCCAAGAACUGUCUUACCAAGAAGCCCUCGACCAGAAUUUACUGACCAAUAUGCACCCCAUAUUCUCCUCCGUGAAAUUGAUCAACACCCCGGAACAGGGCUCUACUUCUUUAAGCGAGAGCAGAAGCAGUAGGAGUUCUGAUAGGAGCAAGAUGAGCUCUGAAGAUGUAGCGUACCUCAAAGAGAACCUGGGUACGCCACUGACCUUGGCUCUGGCUGAAAUAUCGGCGGUGCAACCACGGGAUCCUAUCCACUAUCUGGGACACUGGCUGUUCAAGUACAGAUAUAACGAAGAGGUGAGAGAUGUUCAGAGGAUAGAAGUUGAACAACUGACUGAGGCUAGGGACAAAUUGGCGAAAGAAAAAUGGCAUGCGUUUGUGGAAAAGGAAGCUAAAGCUGCUGUUUUCGAUAUGAUUGCUAAGGCUGAAGAGGAAGCGUUAGAAAAUGAACUACUCAGGAUAGAGAAAGAACUCGCUGAUCAAGAGGAAGAAGACUUGGAUUAUGAAGCUAGGGACAAAUUCGAUGCUUUCGGUGGCGAUGUCCCAAUUUAG